AUGUCCGGGAGCAUUGCGCUACGGAUGUUCGGGACUGUGGGUGGUGGAGGGUCUUCUGGAUCGAGUGGGGGUGGGGCGACUCCUGCGUGUUCCGCCAUGCGACUGGGGGCGGCAAGGGUGGCGGCGGCGGUGGGGGUCGCGCUUCGGGUGGAGGGGGAGCCUCGGGCGCCGCGACCGAUGGCGGAAGCGGCUCCUCGGCGUUGGUCGUCCGCCGGGGAGAUGGCAGCAACUGAGGACACGGGCUCUGCCUUUCGGCGGGGCCAACUCCACAGUCGUGUGGGAGCGUAGAUCAGACAGCGGGGCCGGGUUCCAGAGCGCUUGGGGCCGCCGCGUUGGCGGCGGCGGGCGUGGGUGUCGGUCGAGGGGCGUGUGUGCCCGGGGCUGUCUCUUCGUUGCGACCAGGUGAUGUCUCGUUUAGGUCGAUAGCGGGUUCGCGUGAACUUUGCGAAUGGCGAUCUCGUGUGUCUGCUUUGGCAGCGGUGAGUUCACCCUCCGAUAUGGGUGUGGGUCUUAGUGAGGUGGCUUCUUCUGGUUCCGCCUUGCUUAGACAGUGUGGGGGGCGUGUUGAAGUGCUCGUGGCGGCCGGUGGUGCCGGCUUCUUUGCGCCCCAUGUCAAUGUUGCGUCGGUUCGUGAAUUUUUUGGGGUCUCGAAACGUUUUCCGCAAAUUGACAACCUCCUCCGCGUGUUGUGUCCUGGCGCGCCGGUCGAUGUCGCGCCGGGGGGGUGUCUAGACGCCGAAUUAAAAUACGGCAACCAUUCCAGCAUUUUACCAUACACUCCGCAGAUCAUUGAC